UCUCAGAUAUCGAAAUUUUUACCAGGAAGGACUGACAACGAGAUCAAAAACUACUGGCAUUCUAAUCUAAAGAAGGGUGUAACUUUGACGCAACUUGAAACCUCAAGAACCCAUCAAACACCUUCAAUCACAAACUCACUUGAGACCUUCCAGAGUUCAUCAACUGAAAGAUGUUCUUCAUCUAUCAAUCUCGGAGAAACAUUUAAUGCUCAAACCCCAAGCUUUUCGCCAAGUCUAGUGUUUUCCGAAUGGUUAGAUCACAGUUUGUUAAUGGAUCAGUCACCUCAAAACCUUGUUGUACCGCAAGAGAGAGGAUUCAUUGUACCAUGUGGACCUCUUCAUCAUUUAGAAAACAACUCUUCCCCUGAUUUGGUACCAACUUCAGAUUUUUUGUUGGAGGAUGAGAUAUCUGAGGUCGAGUUCUGUACUUCAUUUUCAGACAAUUUUUUGUUCGAAGGUCUCAUCAACGAGCUACGACAAAUGUAAAUGUUUGGAGAUCCAAGUAAAUGGGUUUAAAGUUAUUUAAGUAGAAGAGUAAAUAAAUAAAUACUCUAAUUUGUAAGUCCUUCACGUUGCUUCUGCUUUCACGCUUUUCUUGUUUGAUCAUUAUUUGACCUAUUACAUUAAGAUAUUGACUAAGAACAUCAAUUCUAACGAACACGAGAGUAUUUGAUUGGACUAGUCGGAUCAUCAAACAUUGUAAGAAAGGUAGCAAAACUCAGGUCUUAAACAGAGAUAUCAGAUUGGGAUGAAAGAGUUUGAGCAAAGUAAACAAAAUUUAAUGUCGGGAGAAUUCAAUAU